GCAGUUCGCUAGGUCCGUGUGUUUGGAGUUCGGGUUGAGAGGUGGACUGUGAAUGUAGGAGGCCUGAGUUUAGUUUGCAAUCAGGGUGAAAGGAAGGGCCAGAAUCCGCCUCCCGGGUCUCGGUUACUCUUAGUCAGUGUGGGAAAAGAUGGCAGCCAAUGAAAUUCUGCAGUUGGACCUCUACUCACUGCUGGAAGUCAGUGAGGAUGCCACUGGGAAAGAGAUUAAGAAAGCGUACAGACAGAAGGCUUUGAAAUGUCAUCCAGACAAGAACCCAGACAAUCCCAAAGCAGUGGAAUUGUUCCAUCAGUUAUCCCAAGCUCUGGAAGUUCUUACAGAUGCAGCAGCAAAGGCAGCCUAUGAUAAAAUCAGAAAAGCCAAAAAGCAGGCAGCGGAGAGAAACCAGAAACUUGACAGCAAGAGGAAGAAAGUAAAGCUUGACUUGGAGGCCCGUGAGAGAGAAGCCCAACUUAACGAGGAAGAGGAAAUUAAGAUUGCAAAGAAUUUAGAUGAAGUGAUUGCCAGACUUAGAGAGGAGGGCUCCAGGCAUUUAGAAGAACAGCAGAGGCUCAUCCAAGAACAGAUAAUGCUGGAGAGAGAUCAGAGGUUACAAGGCUCUGAUGUCCGAACAGAUUCCAAAAACAACUCAACCCCUAAACUGAAGCUGAAAUGGAAGUGUAAGAAGGAUGACGAAUCAAAUGGUGGUUACUCUCAUGAAUAUCUCCUUUCAAUUCUGAAGAAGUAUGGAGAAGUUUUGAACUUGCUCAUAUCCAGUAAAAAGAAAGGCACUGCUAUUGUGGAAUUCUCCUCAACCAAGACCGCCGAGCUUGCUUUUAAGAAUGAGACAGGUCUAACAAGUAACCCACUGAAGAUCUCCUGGCUGGAAGGACCACCCCCUCCAAACACCACAAGCAACGCUGCAUCAUCAUCUUUGGAGACAAGUACACCUAGCCUGUUCCAGCUUCGGGAAUGCCACACCUCAUUUUGCCUAAGGAGCUUCUAACUGAUCACCUGGGACUGUACAGACCAAUUUCAAAGGGAGCUACAGGAAUUCCAUUUGCUUUUGAUAAAGCUAAUCUUGCUAGAGAGUCAGUAAGUCUGCUAAGACAAUGGCUUCCCAAACACCAGACCCUCAACACGAAUGGCACCCCUUUCAACCUAUAAUGGCUGAGACAUUAUCAGCCCUGAAAACAAAGCCAAAUUCCAGAUGCUGGAUAAACACCCUUUGUUGAAGCCACUGUGAAGAAGGAAGUUCACAUAACCCAAGACUCUGGCCUUUGGAACAGUUUAAUAUUACCUUUCUGUUUGACAUCCAGUUGGCAGGCCACACAGAAGCAAGCUCUGUCCAGGUUGGACCACCAGCCCAUCUAACCUGACUCUACUGGAAGAUUUUGUAUCAUUGACUACAGAACUGACGGCAUCUCUGUGUACCUACUUCAUCUUGUGACAUCAACAUGACCUGAGAAAGUAAAUCUUAGAACACUGGUCUCCAGCCAGCCAAUCAUCAAAUGCCUUUGUGAAAGACUUUCUCAUUCGACUCUGACUUUGGAACUGUGGAAUUCGUGUGUUAUUAUAAAACCUCCUUUUUCUCUAUCCCUCCCUUCACUGUGUGAAUGCAGAAUGGGAAGCUGCAAAUACUCCUUUUUGCAGGAUUUUAAUGUGUAAAAAUAAACUAACCUUCGGUGUUAAUCCUAACUCGAGUUUGUUAUUGGAUUAUUAGUAAAAUUGGAUAACACAAAAACUGCGAGGUUGGGAUUAUACGUCAC